AUGUCUAAAUCUGACCUUCCUCAGUGGGGCAGAGUCCUCGUCGCCGGCGGUAUCGACUGGCCAACAUUGGGCCGAAAAGCCACAAAGAGCGGUCCACCCCUCACUGUCAAUCCUGAUCAUCCAGAUCUACCAGCUCCACACAUUUUGCGGUCCGUGUCCAAUGUCCGCAUGAAGCGCGUCUUCUCCUCACAUUCGUCCUGUCACGCGGUGCUUUUAUCGGUCGAUGGCAAUGCCUACAUUAUCGGUCGAAACGAGCAAGGCCAAUGUGGACUUCCUAUCCGCCCAAUUCCGGCAUCUUCCAAACCGUCCGGUCCGGCUGUAUGGGACGCCUAUCUUCUGGACCAUGCUACCGACUUUUCACCCGCUCUUCCCACUGGUGCCAACGGCCAGAUCGUCUAUGCAGCGUGCGGUCGCUCCCAUACACUCCUUCUCACCGCUUCUGGCUCCGUCUACUCGGCCGGCCUCAACACGUCCGGCCAGUGUGGUCAUCCAGAAUCUCAAACCGUACCCAUCUUUACGCGCAUCGAGACUGCGCCAUUCAUCAAGGAGCGCGACGCAAUCGUCGCCGCCUCGUGCGGCCUCACCUUUUCCAUGCUCCUUACCCAAUCCGGUAAAGUCUACACUAUGGGCAGCUCAGAAAAAGGCCAGCUUGGCAAUGGCCGUACGGGUGAGCACUUUACUUCGAGCAACCGGCUUGCAUUCAACACGUUUUCAGAGCCGUUCCUCGUCAAGCAGUUAGCAGACAAGAAGAUUGUCCACAUUGCGUGUGGACAGCAGCACACGAUCGCGCUCGACGACCAAGGCUUUGUCUACGUCUGGGGUUUUGGUGGAUAUGGCCGUCUGGGUCUAGGCUCGCAGCAGGAUCAACUUGUGCCAACGCUAGUGCCGCAGUUUGCGCGUGAGAAUGUCGUCAUGCGCGCCAAAGCCAUCUAUGCGGGUCCGACCAACUCUGCGGUGGUGGAUGGACAGAGUAUGUUCUGGCUCGCUGGUAAAUGGAAGACGUCCGGUGACGGAUCGGCAGGACAAGGCUUCAUGACGUUCAAGUACCUUCCUGACAUGAUGGGCGUCAAGGUCACCAACGUAGGUCUCGGUGGAGUAACGCUGCUAUGCACGGCGAUCGAAGAGCCUUCGCUUUCAGGCGACCAUGGCGCAACGAUGAACAUCUGCUGGGGUCAAAAUGCAAACUGCGGUGAGCUGGGUCUAGGUGAAGGCAAGCCACGCUCAGCGACCAAACCGCUUCGUUGCGAGACGCUCGAUGGUAUCGCCAUCAUCGACAUUGCCGCAGCGCAAAACACGACGUUCUACCUUGCGAGAAACAUGGGCGAACGAUACGGCGAACUUCCAAGAUGGCCUGAAGUGGUGCCCAGCCAAGAGGUAUGCAUGGUGUGUGGCAAGGAGGAGGGAGAAGGUGGAGACGACAAUGCGCUGUUGGAAUGUGAAAAGUGCGAAAACCCGUGGCAUUUGCACUGCCUGCAGCCCAAGCUCACGGAGAUCCCCGAAGGCGAAUGGCACUGCCCCAACUGUCAACCGCCAGCGCCUCAGACAGACACCAAUGGCAACAGCAGCAACAACAGCAACAACAGCAACAAGAGGGGCAAUGAGGACGACGACGAGCAAGCGUCACAAACCAAGAAGCGAAGGGCGUAG